AGGAGGAGCGGCGGCGGCCUCGCGGGGCGCCCGGGCGGAGGGAGGAUGGUGAAGCUGCCGGCGCUGACCCACUGCUGGCCGCUCGUGCGCUUCCUCGUGCCGCUCGGCAUCACCAACAUCGCCAUCGACUUCGGCGAGCAGGCUUUAAACAGAGGCAUUGCAGCCGUCAAAGAAGAUGCUGUGGAAAUGCUAGCCAGCUAUGGGUUGGCCUACUCCCUCAUGAAGUUCUUCACCGGUCCAAUGAGUGACUUCAAAAAUGUGGGUCUGGUGUUUGUUAACAGCAAAAGAGACAGAACCAAAGCAGUUUUGUGCAUGGUCGUAGCUGGUGCAGUGGCCGCUGUAUUUCACACAUUGAUAGCAUACAGUGAUUUGGGAUACUACAUUAUCAACAAGUUGCACCAUGUUGAUGAAUCGGUGGGAAGUAAGACACGCAAGGCCUUCCUUUAUCUCGCUGCCUUCCCAUUCAUGGAUGCCAUGGCUUGGACCCAUGCAGGCAUUCUUCUGAAACACAAGUACAGUUUCCUAGUGGGAUGUGCGUCCAUCUCAGAUGUCAUUGCUCAGGUUGUUUUCGUAGCCAUUUUGCUGCACAGUCACUUGGAGUGCAAAGAGCCUCUCCUUAUUCCUAUCUUGUCCUUGUACAUGGGAGCCCUAGUCCGAUGCACCACCUUAUGCCUGGGCUACUACAGGAACAUCCAUGAGAUCAUUCCCGACAGCAGCGGGCCCGAGAUGGGGGGAGACGCUACAAUAAGAAAGAUGUUGAGCUUCUGGUGGCCUCUGGCGUUAAUUUUGGCCACGCAGAGAAUCAGCCGGCCGAUCGUCAACCUCUUUGUGUCCCGGGAUCUGGGCGGCAGCUCAGCAGCCACGGAGGCAGUGGCAAUUCUGACAGCUACUUAUCCAGUGGGACACAUGCCGUAUGGCUGGCUGACAGAGAUCCGAGCUGUUUAUCCUGCUUUUGAUAAGAAUAACCCCAGCAAUAAAAUGGUGAAUACCAGCAGCACCGUCACAGCAACACAUAUCAAAAAGUUCACUUUUGUCUGCAUGGCCCUCUCCUUGACGCUCUGCUUUGUGAUGUUUUGGACUCCAAACGUGUCAGAGAGGAUAUUAGUCGACAUAAUUGGAGUGGAUUUUGCCUUUGCGGAGCUUUGUGUCAUUCCUUUGCGUAUCUUCUCCUUCUUCCCAAUUCCAGUCACAGUGCGGGCACACUUGACCGGAUGGCUGAUGACCCUGAAGAAGACCUUUGUGCUGGCCCCAAGCUCAGUGCUGCGGAUUAUUGUCCUCAUCACCAGCCUGAUCGUGCUGCCUUACUUGGGUGUCCAUGGAGCCACUUUAGGUGUUGGAUCCCUUCUGGCUGGCUUUGUUGGAGAAUCCACAAUGGUCGCAAUAGCAGCCUGCUACGUUUAUCAGAAAGAGAAAAAGAAGAGGAAUGACAAUGAGACAGCUACAGAAGGUGAAGACUCAGCAAUGACUGACAUGCCUCAGACAGAGGAAAUGACGGACAUCGUAGAAAUGAGAGAAGAGAAUGAGUGACGGAUUGGGGGUGACUCUUCUCUGUAGGAAAACUGGAAACAUCUUUCUUCUCUUUCUUGGGUUUAUUUUUUUAAAAAAGAGGCCUUGAUUCCAGAGGUUUCAGAUAAUGAAUUCCCUAGCAUACCAAGUAUGCUGACAUAGACAAGGGGCUUAAAGGAACAGUCUCUGCUUUCUCUUCUUCAGCUGAAUUCUGCCUCUCACUCCAUGCAAACUCAACAGAUGUGGCUGCUGUGAUGUAGAGGGAACCUCCUUUCUUUCAGCAGUCUCCGUAUGUCAACCAAAGUCACGCUAUUCAUUUAUGGACCCUGCUGCCGUCCUCUCAACUUCCUUGAAGCUUUCCCUCCACUCUGGCAUACACACACAAUUUCUUUUUUAAUUAACGAAUGAUUGAAAAUGCAGCGUUUUUGACAAAAAUUAGCUUUAUUUUACUUGCUUGAAAAAGACUUGUUGACAUGUGUCAUGGUGGACUCACUGAGUUGAGCUUUCUCGUCAUUCAAUGUGAUGUGCUGUAUAUUGCUACGAAACAAGGGUCAAAACGGAGGCAGGAGUCAAGAAAAAAGGUAAAUAAUAGACUACAUUAAAUAGACCAUGAUAAAUACAAGACAAGUCUUUCUGUUUAGAGUUCAUUGUAUCAUCUGAGAUACAGAACAGUCUUUUAUAAAUCUCUGGUUUCUCAGCUGUGAACCAGUACCUGUACUACACUAACCUUACAGAUGUUUUCUAAAGAAUAUGAUGGGUAUUUAAAGUGGAAGCUUUAUAUAGAAUAUUAUUGUCCCAUGUAAGGCCCUUUCCUGAGAAGCCUUUUGUUCCUCUGCUUAACGGUGUGCAGGAGACGGUGCUGAGAGGUGGUGUAGAAAUUGCUUCUGAGAUUAUUUCCUAGAAGGAAGAUGACAAAGAGGGGGGGAGGAAUCCAUCGAUAUUUAAACCAAAGUUCAAAUCCAGUGUUUUGAAAGUGUGGCUGUUUGUUCUGUCUGUUCAAAAAUAUACUUGCUAACUUAUACAGAGAAUAUCAUGGUCUAUCCAUUUUGAUGUAGAGAGCUUGGGAUAGGGCUGCUACUGCAACACUUCUCCAAGACUGAACUCUAGAAACAAAGCAUGCACCAGAGGGAUGUUUUUGUCAAAAAUAAAGGUCCUUCCAUGCCAUAUAAAGGGGACCUGGAGAGGACUUGAUCCAAGGAAUAAGUGGUGCAUCCAUUGCCCAUCAAUCUGACUGUGCAAGGCAUGUGCCCAUGGUCUGAAUGUGUUGCCAGGUGCGCACAGGGCUUCAGGCUCCUCUGGAGCUCUCAACCAUCGGGACGGCUGUAGGACCUCUACAGUUGGCUUUCUGCUGCUGGAGUGGGGAUGGGAUUUGCCCUCUUCCUGUGCUUGUGGUUGUGUACUGCACAGCUGACUCCAGCUCCCUGGAAGUGGCCAUGCACAUGUGCACUGCAAAGGGAACAGCUGGUGCGUCAGUGGCCAUGGGGGGGCUGGCUCUGGCCGUGCAACACAAUGUUCUUUUAAUCCUAAAGGAAAUGUCUUGAAAUAAAAUAUUUCAAGGUUUCUUUAGCCAAAUUAUAUUUUUCUAUAUGCUUUAGAAUGGUGGAAAUUAUUUUAUUUAAUUUUGCACAAAUCCAUUUUCUAGAUUUCUAGAGCAAGUAGCUUAGAAUAGAUGGAAUCUUUAAAAAAUAAAAUGGCAAUCCUAUAUCAAUAUAUGUGUACAUAUACACAUGUAAGUGUAUAAAUAUAUAUAUUGUAUAUUAUGUGUAAUUUAUUUGAGGCUGCAGUAAAUUUCUUAUUUUUCCAAAGCUCAGUAAAGAAUUUCUUGUACAAUACAA